AUGAGGGUGAACAAUACUCUACAGUCGGCGUCGUCCUCCAGCCUCGCCCUCGGUGCCGGCCUGACGAGCCUCGUGGCGGUGUUGGCCUACCGCAUCGGCGUUAUCGAGAGGAGGAGGCAUCUCUCGGGCGCGCGGUGGCGGUCGUCGAAGCGGUCUGCCGAGCUCACUCGCGGAGGAACGCCGGCGCACAUCCUCGAACACAUCGCAAGAUUAGGCGACCCGGACUAUAUUUGCCUCUCCAUCGCCGAGAACAAACUGACGGUUGGCCCUCUGCUGGACAAGCUCCGCGAGUUCUCGGUCACGGCAGCGCAGUUUCGAGGAGUCGGAGAGCCGCCAAGGCGACGCCGCGCUUCCAUCACCACCGCCAUCACGAGCGACAACAACAGGGGCCUCAACGUGGCCGGCGACAGCUCGGACGUCGACUCCGCGGGAGAAGGCGCCGCCUUGGGUGCCGUGGCCACGGCCACGACCCCGCCGGCGCGGCCGGUAGACAUCUCGCCGGCCGACAUCAGCACAGCAGGAGCGGUGGUGGCCAGCCCCGUGGUGAUGGGAGAGCCCGCGCACUCGACGAUAUCGUCGACGUCGACGGCAGUGGCACCCUCUAGUCACCGACUCGCCUCCAUGGGCUACGGGGAAGUGAGGGGCCCGCUGUGGGUAAGGCGGGAGAUUGCGGAGAUGAUGGGGCGGCGCAUGUUCCACCGGGACGAUGUGGACCCGGACAACGUGGUUAUCGCUGCAGGAGCAACCUCCGUCUUGAGGUUGCUCGUGGUGGCCCUCACCGAGGAGGGCGAGGGCUGUCUCAUCCCCGGGCCGUACUUUCCUGGCUUCGACAAGGUGCUCAACAUCGCCGGCGUGAGGGCGUGGGUAGCGAACAGGGAUCCGGCUGAAGGGGGAGGGGGUGUGGAGGGUGGGGUGGACGAUGGGAUAUUCCCCCGCGUGCUGGAGACAGCCCUUCGCCGGGCGAGAUCGUCAGGCGUAGAGAUUCGAGUGCUUCUCAUCACGUCCCCGCACAACCCCACCGGGCGAAUGUACUCGCCCAAGGCCCUGCUUUCGGCGGUCUCGUGGGGGCGCCGGCGAGGCCUCCAAAUCGUUGUCGACGAGGUGUACGCCAACUGCAUCCAUAGGCCAAACGCGUCGUUCCGGAGCGUGGGGGGCCUUCUCAUGGCCGAUGGAGCUGCGGGCAUGGGCGGCGACGUGCACGUUCUCUACGGGCUGUCCAAGGACCUCGGGGUUGCCGGCUGGAGGGUGGGCGUACUGUACAGCGAGAACAAGGAGGUGGUUGCGAUGGUGUCAAAGAUGGCCCACGCCUCCCAAGCGUCUUCGGACACGAUGGACCUCGUCGGUCGCCUGUUCCGAGAACCAAGCUUCCUGGACGACUACUUCACACAGCACCAGGAGGGCCUAAGGCUGGCCUACAUGUCCCUCGUGAACCAGCUCGGGAGAAAGGGUAUCAUGUACCAGCAGGCGGAGGCGGGACUGUUCGUCAUGCUGGACCUCAGAGAGUACCUGGAAGUUCCCUCCAAGGAGGCGGAGGAAAGGCUGUGGCGCCAGAUGCUGGAGCGCACCAAGGUCAACCUCACUCCCGGCGGGGCGUUCCACUGUGUCGAGCCAGGCUGGUUCCGGCUUUGCUUCGCUUACCAGCAAGUGGAUGUCGUUUCCCGAGCCGUGGACCGGAUCGCCGAUUUCUUGGAGGCGCUCGCCACGGAGCGAGCCGCUGCCGCCAGGAAGCUCGAGAAGCAGGCCCAGCUGCGGCUUCUGCUGGAGCAAGAGCAAGGACGGGCGCACCCGCAACGGCGGCGGUUGCUGGGGUCGACCUCCACCGCUUGCGUGGAGGCGUUUUCGUCCGCGGUCGCGUUCCUCUCCGCAGCGGUGGCUGGCGUGAGCCCCGCUUCGACUGGCGAUUCCGCCGAGCGGGAGGAGGAGGGGGCACGCGUAUCGGAUUAUGGAGGCCCUGGCUCGGCGGCGAAAGGGGACAGGGGCCGGCAGGGCGGGCCCGCUGGGGCAAGGGCCGCAGUCGCUGCCCCAGGCGGUCUCGUCGGAACGGCAUCGCCGGAGUCAGAGGCCUCGGAGUCCAGCCACGCGCGCCGUCCCAGCGUGGUGGACAUCUUGCCGUGGUAGCGAGAGCGAUAGCAGCAGUGGUUUGCGACAGCUCUGUUUUCUGCGGCUCUUUCGCUUUGCGCAACGUGCGCGGGCGGUUUGUGCGCGCACGUGUCCGUUCCAAAACCCAGUUUUCUGCCUGCGUGUGCGUGCUUUGGAGGGUGCAGUUGUUUUUUCGUGUUUACGCGUUGCUCACCGCUCGACCCCUUGCUUGCGACCGUCAAGCCCCCGUUGGUCUGCUGCCGGGGCCGCGGUGAGCGCCAUGUUGGUGCCAAGAAAACACAGCCAGCCAAGCGCUCAAUGUGGCCGUGGCUAGGCGAGUUUUCGUACUUGCAACAUGGUGCGUGUGUGGUGUGGCAGGUUUCGGUUUGUCGUCGUUGUGCAUGUGGCGUUUUCCGCCCUGAUUUCGGGUGCUGCGGCGCACCAGUCGGUGGGUCGGCAAGGUUCGCACUGGCCUCCCGAUAUCAUUUGGCGCUGGUGUUGCUGGCAAAGGUGUUGGUUUUCGAGUUGGGGUGAGCAAUCGGCUUAGGCGUUGUGGCUUCAAUUGUGUUGUGGUUUCAUCUUUCUUGGCGGGUUGCGCUAGACUUUCUCCUGAUGCCGCGACGUGCUACCUGCGGCACCGUCCUGUUGUAAUUUCAAGUGGGGUUUUGAUGGGACUCGCUGAGCGAUGUGGAAAGGUGCCCUAGUGAAUGUCGUAGUGAACAAUGUCUUUGCCGACGAAAUGCCCCCGCUUUUGGCGUUGUGUGCACGGUGGUUCAUUGAGCAUGUGCCCUUACCGGUUGAACGGUGCCCGUGUGCGGUGUUUUUGAGUAUUUUGGAACGCUUGGUUUGUUGUUGCAGUUUUGCGCGUUGACAUACAAGUGACAUAUGAUGCACGUUUGGAAACUAUAAUUGCUGUAAUGGAUAUUUUUGGUGAUGGGUGAUUAGUGAUGAGUGAUAGGGGUGUUAGCAUUAAAGGCUAUUGGCCCCACUUGGUCAAAAGUUAGGCUACGCAGGUGUUGUGUUUUGAUCGCUUUCUCAUGUUCACAUCUUUGCCGUAGAAUUCUGGCAUGAACAUCUGAAGAGGUUGACUUCUAUUAUGUAGUGUAACUCACUGCUCGUUCGAGGUUACUAUU